UUUUAGGGAUUUCGUUGCAGACUGAUUGACAAUGUCGACUUUGGAGAAUUUGCCAAUUGACAUUCAUUAUAACAAAUUACAAGAUUGGUUAAUCAACAGACGACAUUGUGUACAAGAAUGGCCAGCCCGAGCUGUGGUUAUAAGAGAGAAAAUCAAUCAAGCCUUGACUGACAUGCCUGAAAAUCCCCAGAUAACUGAAUUAUUGAAAGGAACAUAUAUUAAUUAUUUUCACUGCAAGAAAAUCAUUGAUUUGCUGAAGAAAGAUGAACAAUCUGGGAAAAAGAAUGUAUUUGGACAGUACUCCUCAAAAAGAAUGAAAGAUUGGUCAGAGAUAGUUAAUUUAUAUGAAAAGGAUGGUAUUUACUUAGGGGAGUCUGCUCAAAUGUUGGCAAGAAAUGUCAACUAUGAAGUUCCUGCUCUUAAAAGACAAAUUAUCAAAUGCCAACAGAUUAAAAAGGAGUGUGACAGAAAGCAGGCAGUAUAUUCAGCUAAGGCUGAGGAACUAAGGAAGAAGUAUGAUGCAACAUGUAAACAAAUGGGAAUAGAGGGUAAAAAGAUAAAAACAGAGUUAGCUGCUCUUGUUCAGGAUUUACCAGCUCAGUUCCAGAAGAUUUCAGAGUCUGCCUCUAAAUUGACCAAAUCAGUGCAAUAUUAUGAUGAAUUUGUAGACUUUGUCACUAAAAGAUCUGAGGAGGAUAGGGGUAGUUUGCCAGUGUUAAAGUAUGUAAUGCAAAAUGGGAACACAACAACAUAUCAAUGGAGGACAGGAGAGAAACCAGAAGUGGUGGAGGAGGCCAAAAUCUUCAUUGACACAACAGAUGAAGUAGAUAUUGAACAAGUGACAGAUGAUAUAGACUGGGGAGAUCCUGGAACUAUGACAGAGUCAGCCAUCGAUUUUGGAGAUGAGAUAGAUUUUAACAUGGCUGACAUCACAGUGGAAACAGGGGGCACAGAGGAAGGAGACCAGAAUCCUGCUCCCACUGCUGGACAUGAGAGUGACAGUAAUGGCAUUGACUGGAGUGAGGUUGUGAUUGUGGAUAAACCAGAUUCUGCAGAGGGUGUUGCCAAAGGAGAAGAUGCUAUGUCAGUAUUGGACAAUCCACGAACACGGACAUUGUUUAUUGAUGAUCUUAUGGAGUUGGAAGCAUUCUUGUCUCAGCGCUUGUUUGAGCUGGAGUCUGACUCUGUGGGGGCAGAUGUCCUGGCCAGUGGUCAGAUGCAGGAUGCUCCUCCAUCCAUACAGCUCCAUCAGGACACAGUGACCAGUAUGAUUGGCCAGGUUAGGGACAUAAUAGCAGCAUUCAGCACGGUCAAGAUGCAUCACCUACUGUCCAUCAGGAACUCUCCCAGAUACGUAGAACGUCUAAAGGACACAUUAAAACAGAUGUUAAACUUGGCUGAUAAGAUGGUGUUUCUGGAGAAAGAGAUGGUAGUGAAACAUAAAGAUGCUGAAACAGAGCAGUCAGAGACGCAGCCUAAACUAGAACUAGUCAUCAAACGCACCAAAGAACUGCAAAAACAGAUGGAAGCUGAAAUAUCAAAGCGAUACAAGGACCGUGUGGUGAAUAUAAUGGGAGAAAUAAAUACAAUGUGAUGAUAGUCCUAAUUUAUAGACCACACUAAAUUUGUGAUAACUAAAUCAGAUGUGAUUGAAAAUUUUCAUGAACCAAGUCAAUAAGCAGUAUACAUGUAGCAUCAGGUAAAUUCAUAAAUUUGUAUACGAAGUGUAACAGUCACUCAGAGACUCAUGGGAAGGAAAGAGGGAAGAAUUGAUCUAGUUUACCAUACUAGAUUGAAUCAUUGUCCAGAAUGACAAAUCAAAGCGGAGAUGGAGUAUAUUAUUAUUAUUUUUUCUGUUACAUGUGAUAUUUAAAAUAAAAUUAUGGGAAGGCA